AGAGAGAGGAGGAGGGGGUUUGCUUGCAGAGCAGAGGAUGAGGAUGCACCGUGAAGGGGAUGUUGCAGAGGAGGCUGCAGGGAGGCAAAAACAAACAGGAGAACAGGCUGUGUGAUCCAGGUCUCAAGAUGUAGGAGCUGCAUCAGAAGAGCCCUCAGACCAGACUGUGUGUGUGUGUGCGCGUGUGUGCGUGUGUGUGUGUGUGUGUGUGUAUGUGUGUGAACGCACCAUAACAUCAGCAGACUUGUUGUGUGUCAAGGAUAGUGAAGGUGGAGAGGCGCAACCUGAGAAGCCCCCCUCCCUCCUGCACUUCCACAGAGGAUGAAAGAUUAGUCCUUAUUCAGCAAGGAGCCUGAGCAUCACUCUGAGGAUCAGAUGUUGUCCACAGCUCAGCAGAUGCUGCAGGAUAGCCGCUCCAAGAUCGAGCUGAUCCGGCUGCAGAUUAUCAGAGUCACCCAGGCUGGCAGCAGCAGCAGCGGCGGAGGAGGUGGAGGAGGAGGAGGAGGAGGAGGAGGUGAUGAUGGUGGUGGUAGCAACCACAACAGCUCCAUCAACAGAGGAGUGUCUCCGGUCACUGUCCCUCCUGUGGACGCUCGUCUGGCAGAGCUGCAGCACCUCAUGCAGAGAGAGACAGAUGCUCUGGUGCUGGCCAAAGAUGUGGUGAAGCAGCUGGAAGGGAUUUCCUCGCUGGACCAGAAGGCGCUGACCGAGGCUCAGUCCCGGGUGCACGAGUCCUCCCAGAAGCUGGACCUUCUGCGACUGUCCCUGGAGAAAUGCCCGAACGAGAAGAGCCCGGAGCCCGAAACACAGCAGCCUGCAGGGGGCGUCCACCCCUCACAGGGACCCCCUUCCUCCCAACACCAGAGACCUGGAUGUCCCCUGUCCACCUCCCCGUCCGUCUUCUCCAUCAGACCGGCCUCCUUAACUGGUAAACUUGAAGUGAAGCUCCUCGGAUGUGAGGAUUUACUGAAACCUCGGACAAACUCAGAGCACGAGAAGUCUGGGGACGGUUCAUCAGCUGCUCACAGGACAGAGGGACAUCAGGCAGAGAUCAGUGCGGUGCUCAGGCUGGACGGCAGAGUGGUCGGCCGGACACGGUGGGCGGCCGUCAGCAGACUGAGCUGGGAUCAGACGUUCUGCAUCCAGCUGGAGCGGUCUCGAGAGCUGGAGGUCAGUGUCCUCUGGCGGGACCGGAGGGCGAUGUGUGCCGUCAAGUUCCUGCGACUGGAGGAGAUGCUGGAGAACCAGAACCACCACCAGGGUCUGAGCCUGGAGCCGCAGGGCCUCCUCUACGCCAAGCUUCGGUUCAUCGACGCGGUCGUUGAGCCGAAACUGAGACGUCAGCGAUGCAUCUUCACUAAAGAACGAGGGAAGAACUUCCUCAGAGCUGCUCAGAUGAACAUGAACUUCGCCACAUGGGGUCACCUGAUGAUGAGCAUCCUCCCCCACUACAGCUCCUUCACCACCUUCAGCUCGUCCCUCUGUGCGACCCCCGACCUGACGGCAACCAGCGGCCCGCGGGCCAACGAGAGGGCGCCCCGGGUCGGCGCUCCACUGCCGGGGUCAGAGGCCAACCGAGCGUGCAGUGAAGCUCCGGUCAUCAGACUCAGCAUCACCGAGGAGCAGCCUCCGACCUCCAGCCUGCAGCGGAGAGACGAGCCCCCCACCGUCAUCACCGCGGAACACAUCGACACCUCACCUGCGCCUCCGCUGCAGGAAACACCGUCGUCCAUGAACAACACAGAGGAAAGUGAAGACCAGCCUGUACCUGCUCUCAAGAUGCACAGGGAGGAUUUCAAAUAUAUUUCGGUUCUGGGCCGGGGACACUUCGGGAAGGUUCUGCUGGCAGAGUUCAAGAAGACAGGCAAACUGUACGCCAUCAAAGCCUUGAAGAAAAGAGAGAUCGUGACUCGAGAUGAAGUGGACAGUCUCAUGAGUGAGAAAAGGAUCUUUGAGAUGAUCAACGCGUCCCGACAUCCGUUCCUGGUCAACCUCCACGGCUGCUUCCAGACCAGCGACCACGUCUGCUUCGUUAUGGAGUAUUUACCCGGCGGCGACCUCAUGAUUCACAUCCACAACAACGUGUUCACCGAGGCCCAGACCAGGUUUUAUUCAGCGUGUGUUCUUUUGGGUUUAGAGUUCCUGCACCUGAAUAAAAUCAUCUAUCGAGAUCUGAAGCUCGACAACUUGCUGAUGGACGCUGAUGGAUUUGUGAAAAUCACAGACUUUGGACUUUGUAAAGAAGGGAUGGGUCACGGAGAUCGGACCUCGACCUUCUGCGGGACCCCGGAGUUUCUGGCCCCCGAGGUCCUGACAGACGACAACUACACCCGAGCGGUGGACUGGUGGGGGAUGGGUGUCCUGAUCUACGAGAUGCUUGUGGGCGAGUCUCCGUUCCCUGGUGAGGAUGAGGAGGAGGUGUUUGACAGCAUCGUCAACGAUGACGUUCAGUAUCCCACUUCUCUUCCUCCUGACGCCGUCUCCAUCAUCCAGAAGCUGCUGAAGAGAAAUCCUCUGAAGAGACUCGGAGCUGGAGAGAGAGACGCCAACGAGUUGAAGGGAGAGAAAUUCUUUGAGCCCAUCGACUGGGAGGCCCUGUUGGCCAAGAAGGUCAAACCUCCGUUCCUGCCGUCAAUCACAGAGUCCAUGGACGUCAGCAACUUCGACAGCGAGUUCACUCGACUGCAGCCGAUCCUGUCGCCUCCCUGCAAACCCUCCGGCCUCUCUGCCGAGCAGCAGGAGGCCUUCGCAGACUUCGACUUCUGCGCCUUGCACGGAUGACAGACGAGCGGAGGAGGGAAACAAACUGUUAUUAUGAGGCUGAGGCGUUCGUCCACAUUGGCGAGUAACCAACCAUCUUCACCGAGGUAGAACUGAUCUCCUAAUUAUCUUCAGUAGAAACAUUAAAGUGCGUCUGGUUUCACUUUGAGCAAACACUUGGACCUUUUACAUCUUUUGCUCUAUUAGUUGAUUAAUGAGUCAGAUGACAUCAAAUCAAUCCAGGACAGUUUAAAUAUUUGCCUUUCCUUCAUUUUUCUCAGCAGCUAUUUUGACGUGAAAUUAAAAGUAAACACCAGAGUCAAGGUUCUGUACCCGAACACAACUGAUGUUCUUGAUGAAUGUGUUUCCUUACACGUGUGUUCACCUAAUAUCACGUGUCAAAAUGGCUGCCGUCGGGACUCGGGUAACACGUACCAGUCGUUAGUUUUUUGACAGACCUUCAAUUCCUUCGGAGUACAGUGAAGUACGCAGUGUACUGAAUAUAACACAUGAGCACUUCAUCCUCUGCAGCAGUAGAAAACUUCACCCAACUGCCACUUGAAGAAAGUUUCCCGCUCUGGUCUUGAGACGCCUCACGCGAUCUCCAUGGCUGACUCCACCGACUGUUGAACGUCUCUCAUCCCGUCGACACCGGGUCGUCGAUCAGGCAGCUUCUCCUUCUUUCUGUUUCUUUUCGAACAAAGACGGUGAUUGUAGAUCUUUAUAUUCUCUUUAUAUGUCGUCGUCUGCUCCUGAUGCUGAAAACUCAUUCACGAGACGAGUUCAGGUGAAACGUACAGACAGAGGAAAAGCUUGAGGAGUUUACAUCGGUUUCUGCUCCUUCAUUCAACAUCUUUAUUCCUUCUUGGAUUUUUAUUUCAGUCCUGGAGUUAAAUUCACCGGGUUUCACAGUCCUGUGGUUGACCGUCUCCUCCAGACUCAUAUGAGGUCACCGUGACCUUUGAUUUCUAAUCUGUGAGUCAACAUUUAUACCAAACGUUAAAGGACCUUUGACUCAUCUCCCAAAUUCUAAUCCGUUCAUCUUGAGUCAAACUUGACGUUUGUACCGGAUUUGAAGAAAUUCCCUGAAGGUGUCCCUGAGAUAUCGUGUUCACGAGAAUGAGGUGGACGGACGGACAACCCAAGGACGUGAUGGCUCCGGCCUCUGGGUUUGAUUUGUUUUAUUUCCAUUCUUCCGAAUAUACGAAACUCUUCGAGGCUCCUGUGAGUUGGAGACUCCGCUUGCUUUGUGGCCUUUGCUUAUUAAGUUGAUUUGAAUCGUUCAGAGGGUUAGUUGCCGUUUCUAUGCAUCACUGUGACAGG